AUGGCUCCCUUCUGGGGCAAUGCGGCAGUGAGCCUGGCGCUGUCUGUCGCAGUGGUCUCUGGGCAGACCCCCUCGCGGCAGGGUGCAAGCCCCGGCUACCAGGGUCUCAACAGCGUGUGUCCGGAACGAUGCAUCGUGUCGGGCCCCAAUCCGUCCAACUGGUCUGCCUACCAUAGCAUGGAUCAGCUUGAGAGCUGUAAGCAGGCCAUGUUCUACAGCUUCAAUCUGUACGACGACGUGGACGAUGCCGAAUCUCACCACCGAAUUUUCGCCUGCGCUGCAUAUGGCGAUGACUGGAGUAAUGAUGCAACGGCCCAGACUACGGCCAAACGCCCAGCCAAGGAGCAUCAGGCCAAAUAUGAGAUUGGCUGGUCGUCGCAGUCCCCCGGCACUGAGACAGGGUACCGCUCUUUGAUCAAGCAAAUGCGCGACUACAUCGCCAAUGGACAUGCUCCGUCCAACAAGACCACAAUGCUCUAUGCCGAGUUUGACGGCACCGCAGCUGGUCUUUACAUCGGCAAUAGUCUUCGCAGCACGGAUAUCAGCUCCUUUGCUCUGGAUCCUCUCGUGGACGACACGCACCAGUUUGACGGGCACCGAGAUGCCCUGGCCAUGCAGCUUUGCGGGCCGGAUUACGACUCCCAGCACGUCUUUGGCUUCAUGGCCGUCACCAACGGCACAUUUGGGGCUAUUCAGUCCGCACUGAAGUCUUGGUCUAAUGCCGAGUGCCUCGACUUUGAGCACAACCGGAACUUUACCGCCAGCACGCACUUUACCGCGCCCAUGCUCUCCUCCAUCAAGGGCAGCAACUCCACGGCGAACGGCACGGCCGCCGGAAACUCUACUUCAUUCGCCAACUCUAGCCGCCGCUGGGCCAGAGGCAUGCUCACCCCGAGAGCAGAGUGCCGAACCGAAAAGGUCCAACAAGAUGACAGCUGCGCCGCCCUCGCGCAGAGAUGCGGCAUCUCGGGCGCAGACUUCACCAAGUACAACUCGGAGAAGGGCUUCUGCUCCAAGCUGAAGCCCGGUCAGCACGUCUGCUGCUCCUCCGGCGACAUGCCCGACUUCCGUCCCAAGCCAAACCAGGACGGGUCGUGUGCGACGACCACGGUUGGCGAUGGCGAGAGCUGCUCCACCAUCGGCGCGGCGAACAGCCUCACCAACGACGACAUUGACGAGUUCAACAAGCAUACUUGGGGCUGGACCGGGUGCAAGAACAUCUUCAAGGAUGCCGUCAUUUGCAUCAGCAAGGGCUCGCCGCCCAUGCCCGCCGAGGUGGCUGAUGCGGAGUGCGGCCCUCAGGUUCCUGGCACCAAGCCCCCCAAAGACAUGACCAAGCUCGCAGAUCUCAACCAGUGUCCAUUGAAGGCCUGCUGCAACACAUGGGGCCACUGCGGCACGACAGACGAGUUCUGCACCGACACCGGCACCGGCGCCCCUGGCACAGCCAAGCCCGGCACCAACGGCUGCAUCUCCAACUGCGGCACCAAGAUCGUCAAGGGAAACGCGCCCACCCAAUACCGCAGCAUCGGCUACUACGAGGGAUUCCAGUUCAAGCGAGAGUGUCUCUUCCAAGACGCUCUGCAGAUUGACGAGUCCCAGUACACGCACCUGCACUUUGGCUUUGGCGACAUUUCGCCCGACUACCAGAUCAGCAUUGGCGACGACAUGACGAAGUACGAGUUCAACAACUUUAGGUAUCUUCGCGGGCCCAAGAAGAUUCUCUCUUUUGGUGGAUGGGACUUUUCGACACAGCCCGAGACGUACCAAAUCCUUCGACAGGGAACUACGCCCGCCAACCGCGUGAAGCUGGCGACCAACAUUGCCAACUUCAUCAAGGACAACAACCUCGAUGGCGUUGACAUUGAUUGGGAAUACCCGGGUGCCCCCGAUAUUCCGGGUGUUCCUCCUGGUGAUAAGAGUGAAGGCACAAACUACGUGGCCUUCCUUGCACUGCUGAAGAACCUCCUCCCCGGAAAGUCCGUCUCGAUUGCCGCCCCGGCCUCGUACUGGUACCUCAAGGGCUUCCCCAUCGACAAGAUCAGCAAGAUUGUCGACUACAUUGUCUUCAUGACUUACGACCUGCACGGCCAGUGGGACGCGGGCAACCCCAACGCGCAACUCGGCUGCAACGACGGCAUGUGCCUGCGCAGCCACGUCAACCUGACUGAGACGAUGAACUCGCUCGCCAUGGUCACCAAGGCGGGCGCCGACUCUGGAAAGAUCGUCGUUGGCGUCAGCAGCUACGGCCGGUCCUUCAAGAUGGCCUCGGCGGGCUGCGACGGCCCCAACUGCAAGUACACCGGCGGACGGCUGAGCUCCAACGCCAAGAAGGGCGAGUGCACUGACACGGCAGGCUACAUCUCCAACGCCGAGAUCAACGACAUCAUGGCCGACUCGUCCCGCGUCAACAAGCAUUUUGUCGACGCCGGCAGCAACAGCAACAUCCUCGUCUACGACGACACGGAAUAUGUGGCAUACAUGACGCCGGACAUCCGCUCCCGGCGCACCACGCUUUACAAGGCGCUCGGCAUGGGCGGCUCCGUCAACUGGGCGACUGACCUGGAAAAGUUCGUCGACGCGCCCUCGGGCGUCGACGGCUGGAAGAACUUCAAGCUGCAGAUCAAGGCGGGCAACAAUCCCGUGCGCCAUGCGGGCAGCCGGCACGGCAACUGGACCAAGUUGACCUGCGACGACCCGUAUUAUCAGGAGACGGCCGACUACUCGCCCGCCGAGCGCUGGGCUGGGCUCGACGGCGGCGACGGGUGGAGCGACAUUGUCGACGACUGGAAGAAGUACCGAGACGACGCCAAUGGCAGUCCGCGCUUGGGCUUCACAGCCUUUAUCGUGUACCUCAUUGGCGGUCCGCCCGGCGCGGACUGCGGAGAGAUCCUGUCUGGCAGCAGCUGCAGACAGACCAUUGACUGCAAGAACCUCGACGAGAAUGACAAGACGGGCCCAGCCGCCACGCUGAUCUGGAAUUCGUUUGUCAAGCUCAGCUCGACAUAUGCCAAGUACCACGAGUCUCUCGUCUCUGCCUCUGCUCUCCUGAUUGACAACUCGCUCGACGACCUGGAGAACAAGUUUGCCCCUGUGCCUCCCCCGAAGGAUGACUCGUGGCUGAACAUUCUGCUGGGCUUCGUUUCCAUGGGCACGCCGAUGAUUGGCGGCAAGUUCUUCUCCGAUGUUAUUGCCAAGCUCCCCGCGCUGGCUUCCAAGACCCCUCAGGCUCUCGAAAAGGGCAAGACGGCGUUCAACACCAUUCUUUCCGGUGGAGUCUUGAUUGGUACGAACCUCAAGGGGUCGUCCAAGGUUGAUGACUGGACUAGCGAUGCGCAGGAUCAGUUCUCCAACUACCUGGGCCAAAGCCUUUACGUCUGGGACAACAUCACCAAGACGGACCUCGACGACCUCUUUGACGGCUCCGACAAGUCCAUUGAGCGGCUGACGACACUCAUCUCUGGCGGCACGUUUGUCGACGGCGUCACGGACGAGGCAACGCAUGAGCAGAAGAAGUCGGUCGAGGACAGCUUCAUCCGUGCCUUCUACGGCUUCGCGAUCCCCUCCGUGUGGAAAGCCUCGGGUCACCACCCCUUCGUCAUUGACACUGGCCGCGAUUGCGACGACAAGGACGGCUCCAAGUAUACCAAGGACCUCAAGUCUGCGUGCCACGACGGGCGGCUGUACCAGCUGGCCGACCCGGAUGGCAAGUCGCACCCGAGCUGGGGCGGCAAGAGCUGGGGCGGCAUCAAGGUGGAGGACAUAAUCAUCGGAGCCGUGAGGACGUACAAGCAAAACGGCGAGCAAAACGGCGGCGACCUCGCCGACCCCACCGACUCGGGCUCGUUCGACAGCCUCGUCAAGGACGACAUCACGACGCCGGGCUACAUCCGACUCCCCGUGUGCAGCGAGACGCUGGCGCGCAAGUCGUGGGAAAACGCCGACAAGACGUCGGGCACGCGCGACAAGGACAACUUCCCGUGCAACGUGGCCAACGGCAAGGACUACUGCAGCGGGUCGACGUUCGAGGACCAGACGAGCGGCGCGUCGCCGCCCGUGGCGGACUGCCUGCAGAUCGUCAAGAACAUCGAGGGCACGUCCGGGUCGUGGAACACGUUCAUCGAGACGCAGCGCGAGAUCCUGCACUACGGCGAGUGCAAGUUUGGCGUCACGGGCAAGGGCCGCAAGGGCAACUCCAACUUUGACGUGGGCGCGCAGGACGUCGUCGACAUCAUCAAGGACGCCGUCAGGCAGUUUGGCGGGGGCGGCAAGGUUGGCGCAAAGGGCACGAUGCAGUGCAACGGAAACAUUAAACAGCAAAAGGUGGAAUGGGGCCUCUACUAA